CAAGAGGGGCGGAAAAGGAUCGGAGGGAAUAAAAGUGCCGGAGGAAAGCGCCUGGCUCAGAAAAAGCAGCGGAGGCUGAAGCCAGCGCCUAGGUCGGAUCUGCGCCCAUUCAUUCGCGCUCAGCCCGAGCCCGGAUUGGUCGGCUGCCUGGUCACGCUGGGCAAACUUUUCCCAACUUUUCCUCGCCUUGUCUUAUUCCACAUCGGAGCGCUUCCCCUCCUCCUUGGGCAAGGACUUAGCUGGCGGAGAAAGGCAAGAAAGAGCUGAGCUUCUCCCCUCCUCUUUCUGGCCGAGCGGAGCAGGAGCCCGGCGGAGGCUGCGCCUGGAUCCCCUGCUCUCCCUCCAUUCUUAGCCGAAGGAAGGCUCCUCGUUUCUCGGCUCCAAGCAGCCCGGUCCCGGCGCCAUGCAGAACUACAAGUACGACAAGGCGAUCGUGCCGGAGUCCAAGAACGGAGGCAGCCCCGCGCUCAACAACAACCCCAGCAAGAGCCCCAGCAAGAAGGCGCUGCUCAUUUGCCUCGACCUCUUCUGCCUCUUCAUGGCUGGACUGCCAUUCCUGAUCAUAGAAACAAGCACAAUUGCACCCUACCGCCGGGGAUUUUACUGUGAUGAUGAAAGCAUCCGCUACCCUGUGAAAACUGGAGAAACCAUCAAUGAUGCUGUCCUUUGUGCCGCGGGCAUUCUUAUAGCCAUACUUGCUAUUAUCAUAGGGGAAUUCUAUCGGAUCCACUGCUUGAAGGAGAAGUCCCGAUCUUUCAUCCAGAACCCCUAUGUGGCAGCUCUGUACAAGCAAGUGGGUUGUUUCGCCUUCGGUUGUGCCAUUAGCCAAUCUUUCACAGAUAUAGCCAAAGUGUCUAUUGGACGCUUGAGGCCCAAUUUCAUUGCUGUUUGUGAACCCAAUUUUACCAAAAUCAACUGUUCCCAAGGGUAUAUCGAGGACUAUGACUGCCUUAAUCCUGAUGAAAAUAAAGUCCAGGAAGCCAGGAAAUCAUUUUUCUCUGGUCAUGCCUCCUUUUCCCUGUAUACCAUGCUUUAUUUGGUGCUAUAUCUGCAAGCCAGGUUCACUUGGAGAGGAGCUCGACUGCUGCGUCCCCUGCUCCAAUUUACGCUGAUUAUGAUGGCAUUUUAUACAGGACUUUCUCGUGUGUCUGAUCACAAACAUCAUCCAACAGAUGUACUGGCAGGCUUCACACAAGGGGCCCUGGUGGCUUAUUGCAUAGUGUUCUACGUUUCAGACCUCUUCAAGCCGAAAGCAAAGACUUCCCAACCUCCUCCUCCAAUCCGGAAGGAGAUACUUUCACCUGUGGAUAUUAUUGACCGGAACAACCAUCACAACAUGGUGUAGAAAUUUGAAAAUGUUUUUAAAUGUUUUUUGUUUUAUUUUUUUGCAAAAUGACUGCUGACAGCAACUACCUGCUGCUCUCAAUCUCAUCAGACAGUAGAAUGUAGGGAGAGACUCUUGCCUGACCAGUAAGGUCUUACUCUGUGGCCUUUCUAUUCUUACAACAUUUGCAUAAAAUAGAUGUUGUCCAACUAAGUCAAAGGCAACUGUUCCGAAAUGAAUCAAAACAUGAUGCAAGGAUUCUAUAUGUGCAAUUGGCUGAGUGUUCAUGUUGUAGUGAAUGCUGAUUUGUUCAUAGCUUAAUGGUUACUAGGAAAUGGGCCAUCUCUGUUUUUAAUUCAAUUUCUGUUAAAAGAGGCAGGUGGGAGCAGGACAUGUUCACCAACUAAAUUAUAGCACUAUCUAGAAGAAUAUAAGCACUGACUGAUGAAUUGCAAUCACUUUCUAAGGGGUAUCUUCUUAUUUUAUUGGUUUUCUGUGACUCCAUUCCAUACUGUGACUUAUGUUUGGUUUAGAAGAAGCACACUAGGAAAAAUGGUGGAAAGGUAUCCUUUCCUGCUGUAAACAAAACCUUUCUUUGCCUAAUAAGGCAUUAUGCAUUAACUGAUCCCACUUUGUAAAUUGAUCUCCGCUUUCUUCACAAUAACCUUGACCAUAAGGGUCAUUUCAUCUUUGUUUUCUAUCCAGUUUUUCCUCUUUAGUUAUAUGGCAUUUUCCAUACCUCUAUAGUAUUUACUAAUUUGAAGAGCUGGCUGGGUUUGUUAAUUCUUCAAGUUGUAGGGAACCCCCAUCUAGAAAAAUCUCCUCCUUUACUUCUGUUGACCCAGGCAAAUCUCAAGAAGUGUUUUCUGAAUGGUCACUAAAUUGUGGAAUCACAACAUAUUAUCUUGUUUGCAGCCAGUCUUGUUAAAUGUUUGUCAGCCCUGUGGGCUCUGAGGUUGAGACUCAGAACAUCAACCCUUCAACUAUGAGGCGGACUGCUGGGCAGGACCGUUAUAUCCUGAGAUACUGUUACAUCUCUCUCUCUCUCUCUUCCAUUUUUCACAACCUGAAAAAAGGGAUUAUUCUUAUAUACUCAUUAGGAUUCGGCCUUCCAGUCUGGUGUGCUCUAGAGGUGUUGGUGUAUAAUUCCCAUCAUGCCUAAUCCACAUGAACAAUCACUAUGAAGAUUUGGAAUGAUGGAAAUUCUAAUUCAACACAACUGAAAACCACUGGAUUAGAGAAGACUGCAAUGGACAGUAGGCUAAAUUCUGCUCUAAACAACAUCAAGGGCAUGCAAAGAAGGCAAAUGAGCAAAUGUAGUUCUUUCAGAUGUUUUCAGAGAGAAUUAAAAAAGAGGCUUUUAAAUAUUUUUAAGAACAAGAACUGAUAAUAAUAGCCAAGCAGACUGGCGUUUGCACAUUUUAUCAUGCAAAAUCCGUCCUAUCAUUUCAAUUCUAGCAAGCUAUGAUUUUUUUAUAAAUAUAUAAAUAUAUAUAAAUAUUAUAUAAAUAAUGUAUAAAACAUUAAAAAUUAACUAUGUAAAAUAUUAUUUCUGAAACAAUUUUAGAUAUAUCCACUAUGAUUAUAAACUGUGUUUUGACCUGUGUUAUUUACAUUUUGCUGCUUAAACAAAAAAAAAGCAUUGACUUAAUUUUUAUAGUCGACUAAAAUAUUGUAGUUCUGUGGUAGCAAUAUUUUAAUGAAAAUAACAAACUAAAGACAAUUGUAUAAAAUCAUAUUAAAUUGUCUGUAUUUUUGUAAUGUUUCUGUUUUUGUACAAAGAGGAAUACACAAGACUUUUUGUAGAUUACAAGAAUUAAAAAUUGUAUUUGCAAAAAUUUUGCUGUAUAAAUGUGCUUUAUAAAUAAAUGUUUCAGGCACCAUUAA